GCCCUUAGUGAAAGAUGAUACUCUGCUUAUGGUUUUUACUUUACGUAACUCCAGUGUUUGAGAGUAAAUGUGCCCAGGGCUAUUACUAUGAUGGGCUUCUCGAUGAUUGUCAACACUGCUCCCGUAGAUGCAACUCUCCUCCCACUGUUUGUGCAACAUAUUGUAGGCCUUCCACAUUAUCGGGCAGUGAAGCUGCACAGAGCAACAAAUUUCGCAUUAUCCUCAUAAUUCUGUUAUUGACCUCUGUCACUUGCAUUAUGCUGACUCUAAUACAGGUCAUACGUCAAAAGGCCUGCAGAGUCAUGCUAUUAGCCAAAGCUCAAGAUCGAAAGAUGUGUGCAAAUGAUAAAUCCUCAAUAUCGACUGAGCAAUCUGAUGAUGCAGAUGGACCUGACAGUGGAUCUCUGGACAUGGAGGGAAUGUGUCAUGCUCUCUACAACUCCAACCUUCCUCUACCCUCCACAGAGGAAGGUACCACUGUGUUGGUCACAACGAAGACGUGCAAUUUGUAGCACUUCCUACAAGGAGGACAUAAUGUUAUGCAUCUGGAAAACUGCCAUUAAAUACCUGGUAGACUAAGGAAAGGCCAGACUGACCAUAUUUUCAUUCCUUAAAAUGUGGAUGAGGACUACAUCUUUUAAUAAUCAAAAGUCACUGGCCAAUCAAUAGGUAACAAAGUAGCCUAAGCCUGUCUACUGUAUAUUUUAAUGAACUAUUAUAUGCAGUGAUUUUGGACAUGGUCAUUUAUUUGACUGAGCACAUGGAGUGCCAGGCUCUGCUGCUAGAGAUCUGUCUUGCCGUUAUCGGUUAUACCGUACUCCAGUUCAGGUGUGAUAGGUUAGAGAUGGGACUAAACUGUACAAGAAACUUGGUUGGGCACUCCUGAACUGAAGUGACUGUGAUCUAUAUAUAAGUAUAUCUUGUUGAAAAAUAAUGUAGACCUCUUUCCUAUUUUCAUGAUGAUAUACAAUAUUUCCAUUUACAAUAAACGAGGAGAUGGAGCUCA